CUCCUCUCUCUGAAACAUAUCCAGCCAACCCCUUCGCUUAGUAGUUACCAGAGAAAAUCAGCCAUGGCCGGCAUCAUUAAGGCUAUUCUGAACCACGGUGAGCACGAACACAACCCUUUGACCCUCUCCGAUGAGCAAAUCCUCGACCAAAUUUACACCACCCACGUUCAUUCUGAUGCCAAGUUUGAUGUCGCCCCUCUUUUUGAUCUUGUUGACAACAUCCUUAAGCGUUCUACCCACAUUGUUGACAACGUCGUCCAGGGACACACUGGAAGCCCAGAGCACAUUGACGAUAAGAUUCCCCACGCCAGCUUCUUCUCGCCCUUGUGUACUAUCAAGCAGAUUUCAUCUGAGAUGUCAUGCAAGCCUCCUGGCGAGGACGUAGCUCACAAAACUACACUCUCAAUUCUCAACAAGCUGUCAGGCUAUAAUUGGGAUGCGAAAGCAGUGCUUACUUUGGCUGCUUUUGCUCUGGAAUACGGUGAGUUUUGGCUUCUUGCUCAGCUUCAAAACCAGCCCCUAGAGCCGAUAGCUAAGUCAGUGGCCAUACUAAAAAGAGUUCCCACCCUCACUAAGCCUCAAGCCGUCCGAAAGCACCGCCAAGCCAUUGUGGAGAUCAACAACCUCAUCAAGGCCACUUUGCAAGUCAUUGAGGUCAUCUUUGAGCUCGAAAGCCUCUCCUCCUAUGACACCAGGGAUGUUCCUGCUCUGGGACCUGCCCUGGAGCAAAUCCCUGUUGAUGUCUAUUGGUCUAUCAUUACCAUUGUUGCUAUCGUCACUCAGAUUGAUUGCCUCACCACUGACUCUGAGCAUAAGCAGGAGCUGUCACAUUUUGGUCAGAAGAUCAACAUUAUACUCAGCAAAUUGAGGAAGCAAGUUUUACAAUGCCGCCAACAAAUAGAUGAGGCAAACUACAACAAGAGCGUGAGAAAAAUGUUCCAAACACCAACUGAAAUUAUGGAAAUGCUUAAGGUGCUCCUUUUUUGGAAGGAUGUUCCUCAAACCCCCAUCUAUGAUGGUGCUACUAAAACACUGGUUAGUUUGGAAGUGCUCAGAAAGCAGAAUGUGUUCUUGUUCGUGUCAACCUUGGACAUUACGGAGGAGGAUAUUUCUAUUUUAAGGCCAGUUUAUGAGAGAACAAGGAGAGAGAGCCACUACAGGAUUGUUUGGGUUCCCAUUGUGGAAGAAUGGAACGAUCAAUUGAAAAAGAAGUUCGAGUUUCUCAAGAUCAGGAUGCCUUGGCUUGUGGUCCACCACUUUGGAUCCACUAAGGGAUUCAAGUUUAUUAAGGAGGAAUGGCAUUUCAAGAAGCAGCCUAUGAUUGUAGUGAUGAGUCCUCAAAGCAAGAUUUUGCAUCAAAAUGCAUUCCACUUGCUUCAGGUUUGGGGUUUGGAGGCUUUCCCUUUCACCAGCAAAGAAGAAGAAAGGCUCGAGCAGGAAUCAAGUUGGAUAUACUCUCUCUUCCAAGACCAUCCAAAGGCACCCUCGAUUAAGGGAAACAAGCAUAUCUUCUUCUAUGGAGGCAAGGACAAGGAGUGGAUCCAACAAUUCACUAAGUAUGCGGGGGCCCUUGCAAAUGAUGUAACUAUGAAGGAGGCAGGAAUUUCGAUUGAGCUGUUUUGUGUGGAGAACGAGCAUCAAAGCGUGUUAAGCAAAUUUUGGAGCGGGAUAGAGAGCUUGUUCGUAACCAAAAUGAACAAGACUACCAACGCAGUGACUCAAGAGGUUCAAAAGAUGCUGUCCUACAAAAACGAGACCGGGUGGGCUCUUCUUAGCAAAGGGCCGACAGUUGUGGUUGCCGGUCAUGGCACCACCAUUAUCAAGACUGUGGCUGAGUUCGACAAAUGGAAGGAGGUGGUGGCGAAGCAUGGCUUCGAGGUGGGUUUUAAGGAGUACCACCAGAAGGUGGUUAAGACCAUUCAUAGGUGCACCUACCUUGAGAUUCCUAACGUUGCCGGAAAGAUACCGGAGAUCAUCAAGUGUCCUGAAUGUGACCGUACUAUGAACGUGUUCGUCAGCUACAAGUGUUGCCACAAUGGGGGCUCUGCCUAAACUGGAUCCCGACGCCGUGGAAAUCAAGGACGGGAAGUUAAUAAGUUAUGAAAAGCCACAUGUUUCGCGACAUUAAUUCUCUUUCCUUUUGUUUAUCAUUAUCUAAAUAAGGGCAUUUUCGAUUUAGGCAGUGUUGUCAUGAGCAACAUGUUUCUUCUUCUUCUUCUUAUGGUUUGAGUAUGUUUCGUCAGCGUCAUGAACCCUACUAGUGUGCAAGUCU